AUUAUUGCUUUUUUUGUAUUUUGUAUGGUGCACAGGACAGAGAAAAAUCCGGAGUCAAAUUCCUUGUAUGGUCACACAUACUUGGCAAAUAAAGCUGAUUCUGAUUCUGAUUCUGAUUCUGAUGAUCAUCAGCAUACACUGUACAAUGGAAAUGUUGCAUAACAUUGAAUAAUAACAUAUCACCUGCAGAUGUGGCAGUACCAUUCUAAAACACAGGAAGUGCACAACCGCUGCUAGUUUUGACAACAAGGUUAGCGACACCAAUAACUUGUUAUCCAUGAUGAUUGAACAGCUGGUAAUCAAACCCACGUGGGUGAAGUUGGGCUUCAGGGCUUACUUCCAGAGAGCCCUUUCUGCAAGAAAGCAUUUCUGCCACGUGGUGAAUGUUGUGAAAGGGUCUUUCUUAACCCAAACCAUGAUUUUUUCCUUCCUGGAGGUGCUGUUAUUUGUUUUCUUCCUGAAAGGGUCACAUGGUAAAGGUGUGAGAAAUCAGAGGAGGAAACUUUGACUCAUACGGCCCAAUCAGGAAGCAAACAUAAGCGUCCAUGUGAUUGCUUUCAAAACUCUGUAUUUCCACCUGUCCAGACAUACACAGUCCUGGAGUUUUCAAACUAAGACGGCGUCAGCUGCAUUUUUGAAAGCCUCUGUCGUAGGUCUUCGAAUACAUCUGAGUAGUGAGGAUGCAUGAUACACAUAAACGUAGCAAAAGUUCUGCAUUUUAAAAUGAAAACGUGUUAGUGUGGAUUUUUUAUGGGAAGGAGCUUUGGCAUCUAGACCACAUGGACAAUAAACACUUAAAAAACCUAUGCGCAACACACCUGCUACACAGACAGAAGAUUCUGUGUGAUAUGAAUUAUCUAGCAAUAACAUAUGCUUUGAUUCAACAACGAAUUGGAAGGAGUGGCACAUUAUCAGCACACAAAACUGGACUUGCAUGCAGUUUGAAAGUCUUGUUAUUUGAUGAACUUGGGUUCAUUGUUUGUGUUUUUCUGCUUCUGUGCAGCUUUAGUAAUGAAAACAAUGAAGAAUUAAUGGUGACACACUUUAAAACAGACCAGAUACUGCAUAUCAGUGAGGGUUACAGAGCAUAGAGGGGAGAACUGGUUACACAGCAGACAAUUUUGUCCAACUUUUUAAUUUAAAGCCUCCAUCUUGUUAUUUUUCACUGAACCCAAAAUGUUUUUGUUCAGAAUAAAGAACUCCAAAUGUGUCCUGUGCUUGUUUUUCUACAUGACGACUUAAAGUUACAGGAACGGCUCAAAGCUCUGCUACACUUUAGCUCAGUCACUGUAGCAGAGUGUAAACCAAUACAAAAAGAUUCUCAUAUUUUACAAUACAGUUGGUAACAAAUGAUGUUCUCCACAAUUUAUGGUGUUGGUUUAUCAUCAAAGUGUUUUUUGUUUUUGCCCUCAAUUGAACUGAACCCAUCACAGUUUCUCUCUGCUGUGUUCACUCUGAAGUACAGCCGAUGGUGCUGAUUACUGGCAGUUAACCCAGCCCAGUUCUUGAUACACAGACUCAGAACCUGAUCAUCAACAUUCUUCACUUUGGCAAUAGACAAACACUUUCUAGAAAGCUGUAUCACAAGUAAAGCUGCCUGGCAUAGUCAACACCAAUGUGUGUCUUUACUUUCCCAGGUACACGUUAUGAGACCCAGGAUGGUCUUUUAUAAAUAGUUUAAAGUAGCAUAUUUAGUAAGAUGUAACUGUCCUCAAUGAGCUGCUUUAGUUCAAUAAGUUAGUUGAUUCUUCUUCUUUGUGCACAGUUGAAACAUAUAAACCUGCAAAGUGCAGCAUGAGGCGUUGGAUGAUGUUGACUGACAGGUGAGGAGUGUUUCCUUUAACAGAAGGUUGAAGUUCCAGUUUUGCAUAAGGUCAGUUCAGAACAUGCCACAGUGCUGAGAUUGUUUCAGUCUGUAUCAGAGGAGUCAGAGACAGACCUGAGAGAGGGACUCUCAUUCUACUGACCACAUUUGAAUCUCAUCACACCAAGGAAUUAAAGGUGGGAAGGUCGAAGAAGAAAAGGAGUUGAAGACUAACUUCUUCUUUCAUCUUUGAGCUGCUUCACAAACAAUGGACCGAUCUGACACUGAUGAGCUGAACAUUCAGAUGCCUCCUGUUGCAGAGGACAACAGCAGGAUCAACAGAAAUAUCACACCACCUGCCUGUGGUACCUCUGGUUUGGCAUCAGUCCUUUCCAUCUUUUGCUUUGGACUGGUGUCAGGAGCUCCAGGAGGUCUUCUGCUGGGAGGGACAGCAGUCGUUGUGCUUCAGUCCCUGGAGCUUCUGUCUGACAACAGGGUGCUCAUGGACCAGUUAGAAAAAUACAUCACUGCUGAAUAUUAUUUGGAAAGGAAACUAAAAGAAUUUUUGCAGUGGGAAACUAAUAAUGCAGUGAACUUUCACAUAUCCAUAUUUGCAGAGAUGUUUGGUCUUCUAUCCUCUCUCUUGUCAUUAGCUGCAGGUAUCUAUAUUGGAUUUUCAACAUAUUCAGUGGUAAUUAAACAAAAAGAUGAAGCAGCAAUGGGGAAGGCCCUGAGCAUGGCUGGGUCAGUGAGUCUCGUGAGUGUCACUGCAACUGGGUACAUUCUGGGCCUCACUUUAGAAGGGUUUUUAUUCAUUACUAUGAAUGGCAGUAUUUUGCUGAGUUUUUUUAUUCCAGUAGUGGUAGUAUGUCUGUUUACAAUAAUCAUUGAGGUCAGCUUUAACUUACAUUCUCAUAAGUCAUAUUCUUUGUGGCUUUUUACACCAACUGUCGUAUUCUACCUAUUCAUAAUGGGACUUAUAUCUAAAAUGAGGUUAAUUCUUCUUGUUAUUUUAACCCCUAUGAUUCUAGCUCUAAAAGAGCUUGAAAAAUCACAUUCCAUCAAACUAACCACUCUAACUGUGCCAUUGAUGUUGAUCAUAUGUGAUUUAUAUGAAGUUGCAGGGCAGCAGAUUGUUACCUUACAGCCACCAACAUCCACAGACACAAGCAGUGUUGUACCAGAGGCCAUUUUUGUUGGACUUUUAACUUCUCUGCUGUGGACAGUUACUGUAGGAAUGUCACUGUUUGAAUCUUGGCAAAGGGGCGGAGCAGGUAAAAUCUGUGCUACUGCUGCAGGUUCUGGUGCAGCAGUUUUGGGUGUCAUAAAGUUGGCUCUGCCUGUGCUGGGUCCAGGUCCCACUGUAGGAGCUCUGGUGGGGGUAGCAGGAGCAGCAGGAGUAUCUGUUUCUGCAGCGGUGGCUGUGACAGAGCAGCAUGGCCGAGAAGUAGACCACUAUGGGCUGGUGGGGAGUGUGGGGGUGACAAUGGGGGCAGCUGUGGGAGCUUUUCUAUCCUCAUGUGUCCACAGUGGGCUGUCAGGGAUGUUCAUGGCUCUGUGUGCAGCUACAGUUCCUGCUGGAAUGUUUUUAUAUUCCAUAUUUUGGAGAUUGUUUGUGUGUUUAUGGAUGUGCACGUAUAUAGCUGCAUUGUUUUUAUCAUUUACCCAUAUUGUUUGGUUGGAUAAAGCAGUAGACAUGUUUUUUCUCAGUAAUGUAUAUCUAUGUGUAUAUUUGUGGUAUCUGUCUGAGGAAUAGACAGUAAGUUAAACCAUGUCUCUAGAGGGUCUUUAAGUUGAACCUCAAGUAACCUUAAGUUAAACAAUGUUUAAGAGUUCCUUCGAUUUUGUUACAGGUGACAGAAACUGCAGCUGAGCCAAUGACAAAGCCACAAGUUUAUGUGUACAAAUCUGUCAAAACUGAUGUAUGAAUUAAUUAUUGUGCACUUUUUUGAUUUUAAGGCAGUCCUCUACACUGCUAUGUCAGGCUGCUUUUAUAAGUGAAGAAGUAACUGAAGUAACUCACUCUCUUGUUAAGCUCAAUGGCUAAACUUCUUGUAGGACCCAAAAUGCAGAGCGCACACACACGCACAGAGCCAUUAGUUAAAGCUGCAGUAACAAUUUAUUGUACACACAUUCUAAGUUGCAGUCCGAGAGGAUAUUUGAGUCUCUGAAAAUAAUAAAGAAGGAGUAGCACUCAGAGUGACACAGAUUUUUCAGGAAGGACAAAAUGAUCCUGACCUGAAGACAGAUGGUGGAAAGCUGAGUCUGGAACUGAGUGAGGAACUGAACACAAGGACAGAAUACUGGACCUGAAGCACAAGCCUGACAUGAGUACCAAACAGUCAGACUGUGUAGUCUGGAGAAAGUAUAUGAAUGAACUGGCCUUUAAAUACAACAGGAAGAAGGUGAAGUUGAUUGGCAGAGUGGGCUCAGCUGUGCAGGUGAGUUGGUGUGAACCGACCUGAAGACCACGCCCAGCUCUGUACACACAUACACGCAUACACACACAGACCACAAAGACACAUGCAGUAGAAACUUGGUGGAAGAGCUGAAUGCCCUAUUGGUUGUGUGGCACAAAUACAGACUGACAUACACUAUAUAGACAAAAGCAUCAACAGGGAUUUUAAUGACAUCAUAUUCUAAAUACUAGACAGCUUUGCAGCUAUAACAGCUUCCACUCUUCUGCCAGGGCUUUAAACAAGAUAUUACAGUGUUUCUGUGGGAUUUUUUGCCCAUUCAUGCAGUAGAGCAUUUGUGAUGUCAGGCACUGAUGUUGAACGAAAAGGGCUACCUCACAAUCUCCGUUCCAGUUCAUCCCAAAGGU